AUGUAUUAUUUUUAAAAACAGACAGCCCUGGGCUUGGGAAAUAUCUCGAGAACAAACCCACGCAAGCAAGGAGGUUAAUAGGGGGUUCCUGAAUCCUAGCUCCAAGGGGAAGGAGGACGAUGGUAGUGUUCUAUUUGCAACCUUACCAGAUUUAGGUUCAUUUUUCUCGCCGUUGAUAUUAGCUGGACUUCUUCCAGGCACCUCUAUCUGGGAGGAAUACCUAACCCCUCCUUACCCAGGGCCUAGCUUCAACCACGGAGUAAGACCAGAAGCUGCUGAGCCAGGUAUUGGAAGUGGGUGCUGAUUUCCACAGGGACCAACUCAUUCUUAACCCCACAGGCGUCCAACCUGUAGAAAUCUAAGGAGCGCAAGGGAAAACAGGCAAUAUCUCAGAUAAGUGAAGUUCUCUUGCCUGGUACUGAAGGGGUGCGCCCGGAUUUCAGGGCGGGCGGGGCGGUUAAAGACUCCGCCUAUUUUCAUCCCGGAACCCUCUACGUGUGCAGCUCAACUCCCAGCCCUGCUCCAGCUCUGAGCGCCAGGCAGGUUAGGCCCCGCCCGCUGCGGGCGCGGCUCCUUUAAGGGUGUGUGGGGGCGGGGCGCUGGCGGUGUUGUCAGUGUCAGUUCUGCGCACGCAGCCCUCCCUCCCAGAGCCGGUGCCAGCCCGCGAGCCCCGGUGUCUCUGCAGACCGGUCCCCACCCGAGUCCAGCGGGGCCCGCGCCGUGGGAGGAGUCUGAUGCUGGCUAGCGACUAGCUGGGGUCACAUCGCCGGACCCUGCGACCCGGAUCCCGGGCUAACGGAGACAGAGCCCAGGCGUCGAGACCCCUGAGGACCUCUGCUCUAUCCGUGGCACCCACCGGUCCUGGAAUCUCCGCGGCGCCGAACCUCGGAGCCCGCGCGCUCAGCCCCGGGGGAGCUCGCCCACGCCUCGCGACCCGCCUGGGCCAUGCUCCCCCGGGGCAGCGGCUGAGCCCGAGCCGGGACCUGAGCCCGCGGGAGCAUGGAUCCGGGCUGGGGGCUGCGGGACGUGGGCUGGGCGGCCCUGCUGUUCCUCUUCGCCGCCUCGCUGCUCACGGUAUUGGGCUGGCUACUGCAGUAUGCUCGGGGUUUGUGGCUGUCGCGGGCCGGUGGGGGCCAGGACUUCCGACCCAUCUCAGCCGCGGAGCCCGGGGGUUCACUCCGCGAGCUGGGUGUGUGGCGUUCGCUGCUGCGUCUGCGGGCGAUCCGGACCGGCGCCUCUGAGGAAACCGGCGUCCGGGGCCUCCUGGCUUCUCUCUUUGCCUUCAAGUCUUUCCGGGAGAACUGGCAACGGGCUUGGGUGCGAGCCCUGAACGAGCAGGCCUGCAGGGACGGGAGCUCCAUCCAAAUCGCCUUUGAGGAGAUUCCCCAACUCCCACCCAGAGCCAGCAUUAGUCAUGUGACCUGCGUAGACCAAUCAGAGCGUACCAUGGUGCUGCACUGCCAGCUCUCUGCUGAGGAGGUGCGCUUCCCCGUCUCUGUGACCCAGCAGUCUCCCGCUGCCGUCUCCAUGGAGACCUACCACGUCACUCUGACACUGCCACCAACACAGUUGGAAGUCAGCCUAGAGGAAAUCCCUGAUGAGGGGCUGCUGGUGUCCUGGGCCUUCACUGACCGCCCAGAUCUCAGCCUAACGGUGCUUCCUAAGCUGCAGACCAGAGAGAGAGAUGAGGAACAAGCAGAACUUUCAACAGUUGAGGAACUGAUCAAGGAUGCUAUAGUUAGCACUCAGCCUGCCAUGAUGGUCAACCUCAGGGCCUGCCCUGCCCCAGGAGGCCUGGGACCCAGUGAGAAGCCGCCCAUGCUGUCUCAGGCCCAGCCAGUCAUCCCCAGACCUACGCGAUUAUUCCUACGGCAGCUUCGAGCAUCUCACCUGGGAAGUGAGCUGGGAGGUACUGAGGAGCUGUGCUGUGCCGCCGAGCUUGACAACCCCAUGCAACAGAAGUGGACCAAGCCCAUGAAGGCUGGUCCUGAGGUGGAGUGGACAGAAGACCUGGCGCUGGAUCUGGGUCCCCAGAGCCGGGAACUGACCCUCAAAGUGCUCAGGAGCAGCGGGUGUGGAGACGCGGAACUCCUUGGCCAAGCCACACUGCCUGUGGGCUCACCCUCUAAACCACUGUCACGAAGACAAGUGUGCCCACUAACUCCAGGGCCAGGGAGUUCCCUGAGCCCAGCGGCUACCAUGACAGCAGAGCUGCACUACGAGCAGGGCUCCCCUCGGAACCUGGGCACACCCACCUCGUCCACCCCUCGCACCAGCAUCACACCUACCAAGAAGAUUGAGCUGGACCGGACCAUCAUGCCCGAUGGCACCAUUGUUACCACUGUCACCACUGUCCAGUCCCGGCCCCGUGUAGAUGGCAAAUUAGACUCCCCCUCCCGCUCCCCGUCCAAGGUGGAGGUGACUGAGAAGAUGACAACUGUGCUGAGCGAGAGCAGUGGCCCCAGCAAUGCCUCCCACAGCAGCAGCCCAGGAGAGAGCCACCUUUCUAACGGCUUGGACCCAGUAGCAGAGACAGCAAUUCGCCAGCUGACUGAGCCCAGUGGGCGGGCAGCCAAGAAGACACCCACCAAGCGCAGCACGCUUAUCAUCUCUGGUGUUUCCAAGGUGCCCAUUGCUCAGGACGAGUUGGCACUGUCCUUGGGUUAUGCAGCUUCUAUGGAAGCCUCAAUGCAAGAUGAUGCAGGAGCCAGUGGUGGUCCUUCGUCACCCCCCUCAGACCCAUCAGCCACAUCCCCAGGACCCCUCGAUGCCCUCUCCAGUCCCACAAGUGUCCAGGAAGCAGAUGAGACAACACGUUCAGACAUCUCUGAGAGGCCGUCAGUGGAUGAUGUGGAGUCAGAAACAGGGUCGACUGGUGCCCUGGAGACCCGAAGCCUCAAGGAUCACAAAGUGAGUUUCCUACGCAGUGGCACUAAACUCAUCUUCCGCCGGAGGCCACGACAGAAGGAAGCUGGUCUGAGCCAGUCACACGAUGACCUCUCCAACACGACAGCCACACCUAGCGUCCGGAAGAAGGCUGGCAGCUUUUCCCGUCGCCUUAUCAAGAGGUUUUCCUUCAAAUCCAAACCCAAGGCCAAUGGCAACCCCAACCCCCAGCUCUGAGAGCCUCCUGAACUAGGAGAGGGCAAGAGUUCUCUCAGCCCAUUCCCCACAUCCCCUUCUGUACCCCUCCCUGGAUUCCCAGUGCUGGGGCAAGGAAAGCCUUCGGGUUCUAAGAAGCCCCAGCACUCUGGGCUGUGGGGUGAGUUGGAAGGAUGUUUGACAUGGGAAGCAUUUGAGAGGCAGGCACUCAUGGUUGUGGACGUAGAAGAGAGUUUGGCAGCUGGGAGUCAGAGGCAGGCUCUGUCUUGGCAUGUGUGGACAUUCUUCAGAAGUCUGUGCCCUCUGCUGGUACUGCCCCCAGAGUGGAGCCCCGGGGCACUCAUCUCCUUCUCCCUUAUUUAUUCUCUUUUCUAUUUAUAUGUGUGGUCUAGGACCCUAGCAUCUAGCAUCUGCCAACAGAUGCUAGAGGGCAUCUCUCCCAGGUGACCCUUUCUGUCCCAGGAGGGUAAGGCAAUCUCCAAGAGGGUUUCUACACCUCUCUUGGGGGUUCCUGCUUAGACCAGCACCAGUGUCUGUCUCAGGAAGACAUUGGCAGAUCAUAGGAAGCCGGGCUAGUGCCCAGGAUGGGGGGCAGGUACUCCCCACCUCCCUACCUCCCACACUGCUCCUCUUCUCUCCUUCCCCUUUAUUACCAUUUUGUACUUGAUGCCUUCUCCAUGAGCAGUGGCUCAGUUAGGAGGGAGCCAGGAAGCUGGUAGGAAGCCUUUCCUAGAGAGGUAGCGUUAGGAGCUUUAAAGACUGUGCGAUCAUAGAGCGAGGUUGCACCUCUAUGUUGGGGGAUGAUGAUGUCCAUUGCUGUGUGAUGGCUUGGAAUUUAAUUUAUUUAAUUAAAGUCAAAUUGGAAUUUAUAAACGAGAGCUGCUGGUUAUCCUUUGAAAAGCAAACGGGCAGCGAGGCUGUGGUACUGAUAGAGUAAGAGGAUCGUUGGCACUGCCCUAGGUAUGAGGAAGGACAGGAGACAAAGAUGCUCCAGAAGACAAAGAGACAUGUAGAGAGGUUUGAGUGACAACACUCUGAAAAGUUGCUGCAAAAAAAAAAAAAAAAAAAAAAAAAAGCUAAUCUGCUAGGCCCCUUGUCUUCAUCCCCCCUCUCAAAUAGACUGUUCUUUCUAGGUCAUAACAGAGUUCAGAGCAUGGACGCUGGGCCGGAAUUGUUUUUGAUUUGAGACCCAGCUUCACUGGUUACCUUCAUGACCAUGGCCAAAUAUGGAUACCCAGUUGUUUUUGUUACUGUUUUAUCCAGACUCUCACCUAUGUUGCCCUAGCUGGCUUGGAACUCCUUUACGUAGACCAGGCUGUCCUUGAACUCAGAGGUUCCACUGCCUCUGCCUCCUGAGUGCUGGGAUCAAAGGUGUGCGCGCUGUGCGCCACCACUGCCUGGCUGUGUGCUCAGUUUUGUUUUGUUUCGUUUUUCUGUAAAAUGGGGACUAUGUGCUGGGGACAUAACUCAAAGGUAGAACACUAUCCUAGCAUACCUGGAUUUUGUCUCUGGCAUCAUUUAAUAAAGUAGGUGGAGCCAGG